ACUAGCGACAAGCAGUCAAUACGGCGUCUUCCUUUAGCGAGGCGUGUGUCGGUGCGUAUUUACCAGCUGAUAAGAUACUAAAUUGCUAGAAUGAACGCCCAAAACACCAAGGCCCACUGGUACCAGAAUCCCACUAAAAAAGGAAACAAGUCCGGCAUGUGCACCGACGCGCGGACAGACACAUAGGGCUGCCACCAUCCUACUGAGUUCCACCGAAAAUCUCACCCAGUGCCGCACUAUUCGUACGUGGACAUGCCCCCACCCCUUGGAAAGUACCAUAGGUACCUACGGCAGUCUUGCAGCAGGGUACGAAACCUCGGCUAUGCACGCGCUGGGAGGAUGCAGCACGAAAAAAGCGAACGCGAGAUCUGCAGCCUCCUCACUCACGGCAACGCGGCGACUUUCAUCACCGACCAAGACCUCCCAGUCCGAGUCACCGUAGUCCAGCUCGGGGCCCUCAAGCGAACGGUUAAAGCCGUCGAAUCGUCCACGAGAAUCCCCCCCGAUGCACCAACUUACCGGUACAACGGGAGCGAACGCGAGCUAUGCGAAUCCGAACACCUGAAUCUUAUUACAGCGACUUCCAAGAAUGGGAGUCUAUAUAAAGACUUAGUAGGCGCUACGUGCUAUGCGAAACAUGGAGCUGUGUCCCCUGUCUUGUGUUUGAAAAGUCGCAAUCCUUCUACAGUUUCCAGAAAGGGAAAUUGCUCUCGGUUUGAGUGGCCGACCGAAUGGUGUCUGUUUGAAAGCGAACUCGAAAUACUAACGAUGGGGGUAAAGGGUAUUCAAGCACGGCCGUCACGAAUAGAGUGGUGAACUGCACACUCUGUGAGGAGUUCGUGCGGCGGCAUCCUCGCACGACGCGUAUACGAUUCGCCUUCGAAUUACUGUUUUGCAAACUGCAGGACCUCUGCUCGUUGAAAAUUGUCAUGGGCAAGUGAACAUCAACCCCCGUUCUACUCAUCGUGCGGUAGCACGCACAAACCCAACACCUGAACUGAAUCCAAUGCUUACCAGAGCACAUUAGCUAUCCGUCCCAUUCGCAAGCCACACCCGCAAUAAGCCUAGUCUGUCAUCGACGUGCAGACCGCCAUCUUGCACU